GGGGGGCGAGCUUCUGAAAUCCUGAAUCCCAUGUCAUCAAGCUGUAAUAUUCAAGCGUUGACAUUGCGAAGAUGGAGGCUAUUACGGUCUGAGAGUACAAACUGCGCUUUUCUCAAGGCCUAGAUUAUGACGUUCCCAGUUGGUCCAGGAGGGGGCAGGGGGUGCGAGUAAAAUCGCAACACCGCCACCAUGUACUCGGAGUGGCGCUCGCUGCAAUUGGUGGUGCAGAGCGACCAGGGCCACCUCAGCGUGCUGCACUCCUAUCCCACCAAUGUUGGCACCGAGGUGGCCAACGCAGUGGUCAAGCCUCUGUGCACGGCCGUGAGCCCUGUGGCCACCGAGAACAUUCUCAAGACGGACAAGGAGGUGAAGUGGACCAUGGAAGUGCUAUGCUACGGCCUCACCCUCCCUCUAGAGGGCGAUACGGUCAAGCUGUGCGUGGACGUCUACACGGACUGGAUGAUGGCCCUCGUAUCCCCCCGAGACUCCAUGCCCCAGCCUGUGGUCAAAGAGCCCAAUAUGUAUGUGCAGACCAUCCUCAAACAUCUCUACAACGUCUUUGUACCAAGGCCCGAGCAGCACAGCUUGAAUCACAUCAGGCUUUGCCAGCAGGUGCUGACUGCCGUGCAGAAACUUGCGCGAGAAUCCAUUUUCAUGGUAAGGGAGACCUGGGAGGUGUUGCUGCUCUUCCUGCUUCGCAUCAACGACACCUUGCUUGCCCCGCCAACAGUUGGAGUGGGAGUGGCCGAGAAACUGGCAGAGAAAUUGAUGGCCGUGCUGUUUGAGGUGUGGCUGCUGGCGUGCGCCCGCUGCUUUCCCACGCCGCCGUACUGGAAGACGGCGAGGGAGAUGCUGGCCAACUGGAGACAUCACCCGCCUGUUGUGGAGCAAUGGAGCCGAGUGGCCUGCGCCCUCACCUCCAGACUCUUACGCUUCACCCACGGACCCUCCUUCCCAGCUUUUAAAGUUCCCGACGAGGAUGCCAACCUGAUACCGUUGGAGAUGGACAACGACUGUGUGGCACAGACGUGGUAUCGGUUUCUGCAUAUGCUCAGCAACCCAGUGGACCUGAGCAACCCGGCGAUAGUCAGCACCACUCCUAAGUUUCAGGAGCAGUUCCUUAACUCCAGCAGCAUCCCGCAUGAGGUGGUGCUGCAUCCGUGUCUCAAACAACUGCCCCAGAUCUUCUUUAGGGCCAUGCGGGGUGUCAGCUGCCUAGUGGACGCUUUUCUGGGUGUCUCAAUUGAAAAGAGAGAUGUACGGGAGAGGGUGUUCUCUUUUUGUCCAGUGCGGCUCUCCCAUGGCAUAUCCCGUCCUCGAGCCGACAGUGCCCCGCCUACACCGGUCAACAGAAUGAGCAUGUCUCCGCCCCCCUCUGUUGCCAACACCACUCCCCCUCACAGUCGUAAGCAGCGGCACACAGUGGUCACCAAAACCACAAGCAAGAGUUCAACUAGCAGUGGCAGUCAACCAACAAAAGUAUCACAGCAGCAGCAGCAAACUUCAUCCUCGCCGACUUUGUUGUCCAGUCCAAACCAGAGCAGUUGGGAGUCCAGGCCGCUGCCCGCUCCAACACGGCCCAAAGUCAACAGCAUCCUCAACCUGUUUGGCCAGUGGUUGUUUGAUGCUGCACUGGUCCACUGUAAGCUCCACAGCGGCCUCAGUCGAGACCCCAGCAUGACCGCCUCUUUUAUCCAAAUUCUCCUUUCUUAUAAAUCUUCAAUAGCCACACAAGUAGGCCUGGAGCUGAGAAGGAAAGGCUCUCAAAUGUCCACUGACUCCAUGGUGUCCAACCCCAUGUUUGACGCCAAUGAGUUUCCGGAGAGCUAUGAGGCAGGUCGAGCCGAGGCCUGCGGGACUCUGUGCCGUAUCUUUUGUAGCAAGAAAACGGGUGAAGAAAUUCUACCUGUUUACCUCUCCAGGUUCUACAUGGUGCUGAUUCAAGGUCUCCAGAUCUCUGAUUUCAUCUGUAGACCCGUCUUGGCCUCCAUCAUUCUUAACUCUUCCUCUCUCUUCUGCACUGACCUGAAGGGCAUCAAUGUGGUUGUGCCAUACUUCAUAGCAGCCUUGGAGACUAUUGUACCAGACAGGGAGCUGUCAAAAUUCAAGAUUUAUGUAAAUCCCACGGAUCUGAGGAGAGCCUCCAUCAACAUCCUGCUGGCCAUGCUGCCAUUGCCACAUCACUUUGGCAACAUCAAAUCUGAGGUUCUGCUGGAGGGCAAGUUUAACGAGGAGGAUGGAUUGCCUCAUGACCAGCCUGUGUCUUUUUUGUCCCUGAGGCUACGUCUUGUCAAUGUUUUAAUUGGUGCCCUGCAGACAGAGACUGACCCGACCAACACGCAACUCAUCCUGGGUGCAAUGCUAAAUAUCGUUCAAGACUCUGCCCUGUUGGAGUCCAUUGGUGCGCAGACAGAAACAGGGAGCAUAGAUGGGAGUCAUGCGCCAACGAGAAGUCAGAGUCACAGCCGGACCAACAGCGGCAUCAGUUUCAGCAGUGGGGGCAGCACGGAAGCCACCAGUCCGGACUCUGAACGUCCCACCCAGGCUCUACUUCGGGAUUACGCUUUUCCAGAUACAGCGGCAGGCCUGUUGGUCCGCAGCAUCCACCUGGUCACUCAGAGGCUCAAUUCCCAGUGGAGACAAGACAUGAGCAUUUCACUGGCCGCCCUGGAGCUGCUGGCCGGCCUCGCCAAGGUCAAGGUGGGUGUUGACUCAGCGGACCGUAAGCGAGCUGUUAGCUCUAUAUGUGGCUACAUUGUGUACCAGUGUAGCCGUCCAGCACCUCUUCAGUCCAGAGACCUUCACUCCAUGAUUGUAGCUGCUUUCCAGUUUCUUUGCGUGUGGCUCACCGAGCACCCUGACAUGCUAGAUGAAAAGGAUUGUUUGAUGGAGGUGUUGGAGAUAGUGGAGCUGGGAAUCUCCGGCAGCAAGUCCCGACAGGAACAGGAAGUGCGACACAAAGGGGAGAAGGAGCAUAACCCGGCUUCCAUGAGGGUGAAAGAUGCUGCGGAGGCCACUCUGUCAUGUAUCAUGCAGGUCUUGGGAGCCUUCCCCUCACCUAGUGGGCCCUCCUCGACUUGCAGCCUCCUCAACGAAGACACCCUGAUCCGCUAUGCCAGACUUAGCGCCACGGGAGCUAGCAACUUCCGCUACUUUGUUUUGGACAACUCGGUCAUUCUAGCCAUGCUGGAGCAACCUCUCGGCAAUGAGCAGAACCCUAGCCCAUCUGUGACAGUUCUGAUCAGAGGGACGGCUGGAAGACAUGCCUGGACCAUGCAGCUCUUCCACCAACCCAGAGGAGCUCGGGCCAAUCAGAGGCAGGUGUUUGUCCCAGAGGGGCGUCCAACACCAAACAACGGCGUGGGGAUCAAAUACAACGUCAAGCAGAGGCCGUUCCCCGAGGAGGUGGAUAAGAUUCCCCUUGUCAAAGCCGAUGUUAGCAUUCCCGACUUGGAUGACAUUGUCAGCAAAGAGGCGGGUUAUUUGGGCUGGCUGGAUGAUUUGAGAGCUACAAAUACGCUGAGUUAUAUCCCACACCUGGAAGUUCAACACGACAGGCUUCGCAUUCUAAUGAGCAAGCAGAUAGAGUACGAAAACACGUUGGAGCGGCACAGCGAGGACGUCUGGAAGUCCAAGCCUUUUCCCGACCCACAGAUCGACUGCAAACCUCCUACGCCGUCGCAGGAGUUCCAGACAGCACGGCUCUUCCUCUCACACUUUGGCUUUCUCUCUCUGGAAGCACUCAAGGAGCCCAACAACAGUCGUCUACCUCCUCACCUGAUUGGCUUGGAGUCGUCCUUGCCCGGGUUCUUUGAUGACAUCAACUACCUAGACCUACUCCCCUGCCGACCGUUUGACACAGUGUUUGUUUUCUACGUGAGGGCUGGACAGAAAACCAGCCAUGAGAUCCUGAGGAAUGUGGAGUUGUCAGCCAGCGUCCAGCCUCACUUCCUGGAGUUCCUGCUGUCCUUAGGCUGGCCUGUGGACGUAGGCAGCCACCCAGGGUGGACAGGGCACCUCGAUACCAGCUGGUCCCUCAACUCAUGCUCUGACAAUGAUCUACAACAGACUGAGGAAGCAGCUACUCCUGAGGACACAGGAGGCUCAGUGUUCAACGGAGAGAAGAAAGUUUUGUACUACGCGGAUGCUCUGACUGAGAUUGCCUUUGUUGUGCCGUCUUUAACUGAACAUUCUGAGGAGUCGUCAGUGCACAGCGACUCGACGCUGGAGGCCGACACAAACAUGGAUCUCAUGCCCAGUUUACUCAAACAGCCCAAUCUCACACUCGAGCUAUUCCCAAAUCAUUCGGAAAACCUGGAGUCUGCCAAAAAGAUGAGUCCUUUAGUGAAGACCAAAAGGUCUUCAAGUGGAAAGUCUUUUCCACCACUGGGUCCUGAGACCAAGGUGUUUGUGGUCUGGAUGGAGCGCUUUGAUGAUAUUGAGAACUUCCCAUUGUCAGACCUUUUGGGGGAAACCAGCACGGGUUUGGAAGCAAGCAUGAGCAACAGCACGUCCUGCAGAUCGGGGUUACUGGAGAAGGAUGUUCCUCUGGUCUUCAUCCACCCACUGAAGACGGGCCUCUUUCGGAUCCGGCUCCAUGGAGCUGUGGGAAAAUUUGGCAUGGUGAUUCCCCUGGUGGAUGGCAUGGUGGUCAGUCGCCGGGCGCUAGGCUUUCUGGUGCGACAGACUGUCAUCAACGUGUGCCGACGGAAGCGUCUGGAGAGCGACUCAUACAACCCGCCGCAUGUCAGGAGGAAGCAGAGGAUCACGGAGAUCGUGCAGCGUUACCGUAACAAGCAGCUGGAGCCCGAAUUUUACACUUCCCUCUUCCGCGAGGUGGGGGAGGGAAAGCCUCACCUUUAACACGAAACCCCCCACUCAUCCUGUCCUGUCCUAACACUGGCUCAUGAGUGCACACACACACUCACACACACACACACACACACACACGCACACACACAACAUGCAUACAUGAUUCACAACACAGAAUCUUUAUAUUUAUACUGUACAACUGUUAUUUAUAUGAAUCCAUAUAUCAACACUGUCUGCCUUUGACUCUGAGAGCAAAGUGUGGAAAAGUAGUGAAGACGCCAAGGGUUGGAAAAAGGCUCCAUUUUGUGUCCCCGGCAGCUCAUUGACAAUUGGAGUGUCGGCCUCAUUAAGGGGCAUUUUACUCAAGACCGCUUUUUGCCAUACAACCAUGUUGUUUUAGCCCUUUGUUUACAUGUUAAUGUUUCUGAGGCCCCAUAUUCUGCUGUUAUUCAACAAUUUAGCAGAUUCUUAGAGGUCCCACAGUAGUGUUUUGGAAGUGAGUUGGGCGAAAUUUAGCCUUGCAAAAGUGACUUUCUAAUGAUGUUGUAACAGUAAUAUGUGUUUAUGAGCACCAAAUGUGAGAAAAAUCUUGACCAUCUGCCUCACUUGUUUGCUCCACUUUUGAAAUUGAGGCUUUUCCUGACAUGAAGGAGGGGGAGAGACAUGCUUCAGUUAUUCAGGUUAAGGUCCCAUAUUGUAGCACUUUCCACUAAUUGUAAAUAAGUGUCAGAGAUCCCACAAUAGUGUAUUGGAAAUGUGUUGUCCAAAAUCUAGCUUUGAUGCUGGAAUUUGGACAGUUUAAGUGCAUUUAGUAAGCCCUGCUGGGUACAUUUAUUAUGGCUUUAGUCCCCAACAUAAUUUUCCAAAAAAUUUUAACUUUCUCAUAUUAUGACUUUGAAAAAGUAAUGUAUUUUUUUAUUUAAUAUUUCAAGUCUGUGCUACUAAAAUAUUAUUUUCCCUCAUAUUACGAUUUUGUGCUUGUAAAAUUGCGACUUUUCUCCUCGUUGGAAUACAACUGUUUUCUCGUCAUAUUUUGACUUUAUUCUCGUAAAAUUACAGCUGUUUUUUUUCAAUCUCAGCUGUGUUUUUUUCCAGGUGUUUCAUUUUUCUUUUUGUAAACUUUCAUCUUGUAAUUCUGACUUCUCUUUAUUCUUGUAUUCUUGAUAUUCUCUUCUAACUUUUUCUGCAACCUAACUGUCCAUAAAUUGCAACUUUUUGGUUGUUUUGUUUUUCGUAUUAUCACAUUAAAAAAACAACAACAUUUUUUUGGUUAUUUCCGCUUUAUGCCACUGAACUGACAUUUUUUCCACAUAAUAUUGUGAUGUUAUUCUUGUAAAAUUACAACUUUUUCUUGAUAGAUUACAACUUUUUUCUCUUAAUAUUUUGACUUCAUUCUUGUAAAAUUACUGCAGAUUUUUCCUCUUUUUUUUUUUCAGUGUUUUUUUUUUUUUUUCUUUUUCCUUUUUUAAAAUGUUUUUAGAAUGUUCCCUGGGCUGCAAAUGGCCCCCAGGCUACACUUUGGAUAACUCUGCCCUAAAGAAACCCCUAACCUUUUUACCCCAGGCGUGAGAGAAACUCAUAAUAUUACAAGUUUCUUGUCAAAACAUGUUUUUUGGAACAUACCCUUAUUAUUUUUGACUCCCUGAAUAUUCAGAUUUUUUAAUUGUAAUUAUAAGAUUUCAUUCUUGUAAGAUUGCAAGUUAAUUCUUGAAACAUUACCUUUUCUUUGCCUCUUAUAAUACUUUAUGCUCAGAAGCUUCCAAACUUCCAGCAGCCAUGUCUGUAGAUGACAUGUCUGUGGAUAGUUGGCAGAGCUCCAGGCAUUGUUUUAAGAUAUGUAGCGAAGCCUGGUCCUCAACUUCAACAGGGACAGUUUGAGCGCCUCUGCUCUCAAACGUGGAGCAAAAAAUGAGAGAGAGGAGAGCUUUUCUCAUGUUUGAUGCUCAUAAACCGGCUCUUGGGACACAUUCUAUCGUUAGAACAUUAAAAAGUCGCUUUUGCAUAAUCGGGAAACUUUAAUGUAUAAAAAUGGGCAACAUUGACUUUGAGACUCGAGACAAAACGUUGUCAUGUAGCCAAACAGCCAAAACAACACAGUUGUCUGUUUCCAGUUAAAAACGGUCUUGUGUAAACAGUCACUUUUGCUUUUCGUCCUGACCUGCAAUACAAAAGCGCCUCUUCCUGAGAUGUUGAAAUAAAAGGUCCAUUGUGAUGCGGGGGAAUUCACGUUGUUGCUACUAAUACACACUUGUGUCCAAAAUCUGCACAAGCCGCUGUUGUUGAGGGCUUGUGCGAUUCUCGCCAUGGUGGGAACACAUCGUCAUCCCAUAAAUAUUUAGUAACCAGGAAACGUUUACAUUCAUUUCAUCGCCAUGCCGACGCCUGCUAAAGUCUUCCUAGUGCACACUGGUGGCCAUGGCAGCAGCUCACUAGCACACUUAUAAUGCUGUUUUUUUAUUAUCAUUAUUGGGUGACUGACUUGUGUUCUAUUACUGUAUGUCUUUUUUUCUACCUGCUUGAAAUCUCACGAAAGCAACUGCUCUGUGUGUGUAUGCUUAUCCAGCCAGUCACAUUGACCUAGAAUGACCCCCUCUGCUGCCCCCAUCCCUUAAACACCCCGAGAACGUUUGGCAUUUAAAAAUGACACUGUCACUUUAAUUCUUCAAUUGAGCAUUUCAGUACCGUCUGUUUGGCACCAAGGAGUAUUUGGGUCGUAACCUUAUGAGAAUAAAUUAGCAAUGUUACAGGAAUAACUAAGCCAAUUUUAUGAGAAAAUAUUUGUAACGUUACAAGACAUUUUGGAAUAAAUGAAUUUUACGAACUAAAUUACAAGCAUGGAUGGCGAAUAUUACAAGAAAAGACAUAUUUUUGCAAAUAGUCGUAAUACAAGAAAAAAAAAUUGUCUGAGAAAAGUCGUAAUGGCAGAUUAUUUGGCAGAUCUCCCAAAUAAAUAAAAUGUUCAAAAUAAAUAAAAAUGCGACUUAGUCAUAAAUCUUGAACUUUUGUCCACAGAUGGAACUUUAUUAUGGUAAUAUGAGAAUUUCUCGAGUAAUAUCACAAACAUUCAAGUACGACUUUAAUCAUGUUAUGUUACUUUUUAAAAAAAAUAACUUUAUUCUCAUAAUAUUGCCUUUUAAAAAAUAGCAAAGUUGGACAAACUUUUUUUUUGCCUAAAUGCACCUGUAUUUUAUUCUUGAAGCAUUAACAACAACAAAAAAAGAUGAUCUUGAAAAACAUCAUGUUUGCGUAAUAUUCUGAGUUUUUUUUUUUUAACAUGAGUUUAUUCUUGUAAUAUGAGUUCAUUUAGAAAGAUUGAAUACUGUGUUACUCUUGUCAUAACUUUUUUCUGUAAUACGAGUUUAUUCUUGUAACAUUACAUGGUUCUUCUCCGAACAUUUUUUUUUUCUCAUUAUGUACCAUGUUCUCUUAAUAAUCCACUUUUUUUCCCAGAUUAUUCUUGCGAUAUUUGAAAUUUGUUCUCGAGAUAUAUUUUGUUUUUCGUAUAAUAACAUGAUAUUCUCCUAAGAUUCCAAAUUUGUUAUUGUCGCAACAGAACUUUUUUUUCUUGUUUACAUACCAUGUUCUCUUAAUAUUAAAUUUUUUUCUUCUGAAUAUUAUCAGUUUAUUCUUGUUAUAUUUCAGGCAUAUUCUCAAGAUAUAACAUUUCCUGUACAUAAUAUUUUUGAAAAAAAAAAUAAUUUACGAGUUUAUUCUUGGAACCUUAUUUGGUUACUUGUUACAUUUAGAGUUUUUUCUCGCAUCAAAUAUGACUUUAUUCUCGCAAUAUUCCGAUUUUUUCCCCCACAAUAUUAAGAGCUUAUUCUUAUGGUAUUUCAAGUUUAUUCUUGAGACAUAUGUAACGUAUCUUAUCAUAUCACAUUAUUUGUGUAAUAUUCUGAUGUUUUUGUCCCGUAUUCUCGUGAUACCACGGGUUUAUUCCUGUAACAUUGAGCUGUUUUUCUCAUAUAAAUGCAACUUUAUCCACGUCAUAUUUUGAGGUCAGACUUGAAUCAUUUCGUACAUUUCUCGUGAAGUCGCAACUUUAUUUUCAUAACCUUCAUUCUUAAUCUUGUAAUUGAAAUAUUUUUUGGGCCUUAAUACUCCUUUGUACACCGACAUGCAGUGACUAAUAUUUUUACAUUGCAAACCCAGAGAGACCCAAUGGAAUUGAGCCUUUCUAGUCUGUUUAAAGAACAGACGUGUGCAGUUUUCCACACAAUAACUCCUGCUAUGGCUUUGUUUACUCACUGUACUAUUUUUUGUUUUUGUGUUGCUGUCACAAUGUGAACUUAUUUAUCACACAACCAACAUGGCAAGUCUCUUUUUGUUUUUCAAGUCUUAAUGCACUGAGCACAUUUCUUAUCUUAUUCCCUUUACAUUUAUUUUUUUUUUUUUGUAUUUGUUUGCAAAGAAGAAAACCCUGCUGAAGGACUACUUUUAACAUGGAUUUGACGCGGCGCCAUUGGACUUUUUAAAGCGUGACUCACUUUUUACGAUGGUGCUUUAUGCACACGCCUUUUAUGGAAAAGCCGAAAAGACAGAAGAGCCACAUAUACUCUACAAUCACAUGUUGUAUCCUGUUACUACAUCACUGUAGGAUGCUAUUUAAGGACAUGUAUAGACGCCAUGAAGGAUGACAUGUAAAUAGAAUAUAGCAUAAAAGACAUUGACACCUUGUCUGACCACAUGGAAGAGAGGGUGUGUUUGUUUUUGGUGUGAGAAGAGUGUCGAAUGUAACAUACGUCCAUUAAAGCUACUAUUCAUAUUUUUAUUGUUCACAUGGUUUUCAACUGGCGGCCCGCCAGCCGAACAUGGUCCACGAAUGACAUCAGACCUGCCGACCACGAGUUCACUUCAAAGAGAGAGUGAC